AGCUAAGAUGGUCAUCAAUGACCCCCAUCUGAAGAACAAGACAAGAUAUCCUUGCACCAAAAUGAUAAGAACAAUUGAUUCACCUGCCCCUUCACAUGUUUUUCACCAUUUCAGCCUCCACUUUUUCCUAAUAUCUUUAUUGAACUCACCAGCCUCUUGCCUAUGUAGUUUGCCAAACCAAACCUUUCAGAAAAGGUUCUCAUCCUUAAACCCUUUAUAACACCACUCUCAAAGCUCUGGACCUUCCCAGAUCAUUCAGAUAUAAUUUCAUAUCUAAAUGGUUCUCAGUUUCAUCAUCUUCUAGGGAUCCAACUCUCCCAAUACUACAUAUUUCGAAAAAUGGCAUACGCCAAAAAAAAUUUGACAUUCAUUUUCUCUGCAUUUCUGAUCAUUCCAACUCUUUUGGCAGCUGUAAAUGGGGAUCAUAGCUAUGUCGAAGACGCCUGCAGCGUGACGAGGUACCGUGACCUCUGCAUCCACUCGCUAGCAUCGUUUUCGAGCACAGCAAAGAAUAGCCCCAGCAGGUGGGCUAGAGCCGGGGUUUCGGUGACAUUGGGGGAGACCAAAAACGUUGCUCGGUACUUGGUCUAUCUGAAGAAGCACAGCAACCGCAUGAAGGGAAAAGCUGGAGUUGCUCUAUCCGAUUGCAUUGAGGUUUUUGAGAAUGCAAUCGACGAGCUUCACAAAUCACUUGGUGUGCUAAGAAAGCUGAGCAGAACUACAUUCGCCACGCAAAUGGGGGACCUUAAUACAUGGCUGAGCGCCGCCCUUACUGACGGAGACACUUGCUUGGACGGUUUUGAGGAGGUCCAAAGAGGAAAACAAAUCAAAUCGCUUCAAAAUCGGGUUUUGAGAGCAACUCGUUUCACCAGUAACGCACUGGCUCUUGCUAACAAACUUGCUGCCACUGGCUUGAGAAGCCUCCCAGAUCCAUAGGAAAUGAGACUACCAUGCAUAUAUGUAUUCUUUAUCUUAAUAAUUAUUACUCUAUAAUAAGAGCAAUGCUGAGCCUACAGGGCUAGAUGUUUUGUUCAUACUCCAACUUGAUUGUUCUUGUUAUUUUGUUAUAUAUAGCUGUUAAAGUUUUGAUGAUA